UGUUAUUUUGAUAAGCAUGGAUGAUCAUUGGAAUGAUCUGUCUCUUGGAAAGUCCGAGAGAGUAGUGGUAUUAGAAAACCAUCAAUCGCAAUAGAUGCUGACAGAGAAAAGGGAGAGAACACUAGAAAUGGCAAAGCUUAGUUCAACUUACGCUACUUCUGAUUUCGUUUAUCAUGGACUUGUACUUCCCUUUCUGUUGCUAUCAUCUUUCUCCUUUCAACUUGCAUCCUGUGGUUCCAUAGUUAAGUUCCUUCCUGGAUUCGAGGGGCCCCUUCCUUUUCUUCUUGAAACCGGGUAUGUGGGAGUGGGAGAAUCAGAUGAUGUGCAAACCUUCUACUACUUCAUUGAGUCAGAGAACAAUCCAAAGGAGGAUCCUCUCAUGCUUUGGCUCACUGGCGGUCCUGGUUGCUCAGCCUUGUCUGGCCUUGUCUUUGAAAUAGGUCCCCUAGCAUUCAAAUAUGAGGAAUACAAUGGAAGCCUGCCCAAUUUGGUCUUGAGACCACACUCAUGGACAAAGGUUAGUAGCAUUAUAUUUGUAGACUUGCCUGUUUCCACGGGCUUCACUUAUGCCACAACAGAGUCUGCUUCUCAACGAAGUGACUGGAUGCUGGUUCACCAUGUCCAUCAAUUUCUUAGGAAGUGGUUGAUUGAUCAUCCAAAUUUUUUGUCAAAUCAAGUUUACAUUGGUGGCGAUUCAUACUCUGGUAUUCCUAUUCCAGUGAUUGUUCAAGAAAUUUCACAAGGAAAUGAAAAAGGGGUCCAACCAUGGAUAAAUCUCCGGGGGUACCUGCUGGGGAAUGCAGCAACAACUAGAAAGGAAAAAAACUAUAAAAUCCCCUUUGCUCAUGGUAUGGGACUAAUUUCUGAUGAACUAUACGAGUCACUGCAAAAAAAUUGCAAAGGGGAGUACAUAAAUGUAGACACCAGAAACCUAUUAUGUUAUAGAGAUAUGGAGUCAUUCGAUAAAGCAACAUCAGGACUAAAUCAUGCAUAUAUUUUAGACCCAUCAUGCGAGUGGCUUGAUACUGAAACAUCAUGGAGGAGAUCUCUAAUUAAGAAAUAUCCCGGGAAGAAGCUCUUAAAUACUCUUCUCAAAUUGCCACUCUUAAGCUGUCGGAGUUAUGUAUACUUCCUCUGCGGUUAUUGGGCCAACGAUGAUAAUGUUCGCAAUGCACUGCAUAUCCGUAAGGGAAGUAUAGGAAAAUGGCAUCGCUGUAACAUUAAUAUACCAUUCAAGAAUGAUAUCUCAAGCAGCUAUGAUUAUCACGUAAAUCUCAGUAAAAAAGGUUAUCGUUCACUCAUAUACAGUGGCGAUCAUGACAUGGAAAUUCCUUUCUUGGCAACUCAAGCAUGGAUAAGAUCUUUAAACUACUCCAUUGUGGAUGAUUGGAGGCAGUGGCAAACAAAUGGCCAAGUUGCGGGAUACACAAGGACUUAUUCCAAUCGCAUGACAUUUGCAACUGUGAAGGGAGGAGGGCACACAGCUCCGGAGUACAAGCCUGAAGAAUGCUUUGCAAUGUACAGUAGAUGGAUAUCUAACACACCUUUGUAGCCAUUGUCAAAUAAGCUCAUCUUCUCUCUUGGCAAGGAAUGAACUUGGCAUUCAUUGCAUAGCAACGAUCUUAAAGUAUCUGGUGUAGAUUUUGUUCGCUAAUAAAGUUGUAUAUCUUUGUGAACCUAAAAUAAAAGGUCAUUUUGUAUGUUCAAGCACGGUAUGAGAGAAGCGAAUAUGUUCACAUUUUUAAGUAUGAAGCUUCUCUUCAAUUUGAUUGCUUUAUUUUUAAUAAUGUUCUUGACUUUGGUUUGAUUCCUUUUACGGAAGCAUGUUAUCCAUUAUUAGUGACUUUUAAUU